AUGAGAAUAUUAACGGCUCGUGAAAAAAAAUUUCGGCAAAAAUUUAAUAGUGAACAAGAAGUUGAAGCAUGGGGAAAACGCUUAAAAGAUGUUGAAAAAAAAUUGAGAACAUUAGAAAAACGGGAUCAACAUCAUCAACGAUCGAAAUCUACGCCACACGUUGUAAAACAAGCAAAAGAUGAAUCAAGUAGUAUUAGUGAAGAAAUACCAUCGAAAAAAUCAAUUUCAACUGAUUCUCAUUCAUCAUUAAAUCGUACAGUUGUUCGAAAACAACCAUUUCAAGUAGUUGAUAGUAAUCAUGAUCACAGUGAGAUUAAAACAGACACAAAUAUCUCCCGUCAUAAAUCAAAUGACUAUGAUGAAAAUUUUGAUACGAGUAUUCAAACAACAACCGCUAGUGCUGUUAUACCGCAACGUAAAAAAGAACCUAUUGAAAUUCGUAAACCCACAACUGUUAAGCAAGUAUCGGAAAGUGAAGCAGAAUCAUUUUCUGUUAUUCAAUCAGAUAUGACAUCGGAUGUGAGUGAUGUUGAAUAUCGUAUUAAACAAUUACGAGAACAAUUGAAACGAAAAAAAUAUGAAUUAGAUAAGUUAAAAAAAGAUCAACGACGAAAGAACAAAGAAGUAUUAAGAAAACAAGAAGAUGAACUUAAAAAGCAAAUACAUUCGUGUGAUACUGAAAUUCAGAAUCUUCGUCAACAUGUUGAUUCGAUGCCACCAAUUUAUCCUGUUGUAUUAACGCCAACAACAGAAACAGAAAAAUCUUUAUCAUCAAGUAUUCACUCAAUAGUACAUGGAAAAUUGAAAUCAGUUGAAUUAAAAACAGUGACAGAUAAAAAAUCUCAAUCAUCCUCCUCUUCUUCAUCAACAACACCAACACGACCGCUAUCGAAAAGUCCAGAGAGACCUAUACAACAAACACAACCAAGAAUCAUUGCCAAUGGAGAUGCAAGAAAAAUGCGAAUAUUAACACCCGAACAAAGUAUUGUUGAAGAAAUACAACAAUCAAUAAGCGAUGAUAAAAGUCAACAAGAUAAAUCACAAUCUAAAACUAGAGAUAAUGAUUAUUUAAUAUUUCAACAAAAACCAAUAUUACAUGAAAAGAAAAAUGAUGAUCAUUUAGUCGAUGAUAAAGACUUUUUUGAUGAUGAUGAUAGUAUUAGUGAUAAACAACAAGAUAAACAUGUGACACAAAUACAAGAGAAAAAAGUUGAACAACAAAAAUCGAUCGAUUUAUUUUCUCCAAGAGAUGAUCGUACAAAUCAUGAUGCACAUUCGAUAUCAACAGCGGAACGUUCUAAUAAUAGUCAAGUAGAUACGGACCAUAAAACAGAAAGUAAUAAACUAAUUAAAUUUAAUAUUUUGGAAGAUGAAAAACAAAAAUCUCGUUCACCUUCUCCAACGUCUUUAAAAGUAAAACCGAUUGAUAAUAUUUUGAAAAAAGAUGUAUUUAAAGAUGAUCCAUGGAAAUCCUCAUCUUCUUCUUCGUCCUCUUCAACAAACCCACCAUCUCGUAAAAAAGAGCCCGAAGAUAUUAAGAUCAAUCAAGAAAAAAGUAUUGUACCGCCACCAGAAAAAGAAAAGUCAAUAAGUCAAAUUAAGCCUACAACCCUUCCUCCAUUAGGAAGGAUAAAUUCAGCUGAUUUAUCUACGAGCGAUCGUACAUCGGUUGAUUAUGAUGAAGAUUUUUCAGAUGCAAGUCGUUCUGCUGCUGUUCCAGAUAAAGUACGACAAAAAUCUUCAUCAUCAUCUUCAACAUUACCCAUACCAUCCAAAAAACUCAUUGAACAGCCGAUGAAAGAGGAUGAUGCAGAUAAUAUUGGUAUUGAAUCAAUACAAGAAGAUUUACAAUUUUCUAAAAGUCAACAAUCAUCAUCAAAAACAUCAAAAUCAAGUGGUGAACAAUCAGAAAUAUUGGUGUUAGUGAAGAAAUCAGCCAAUAAUACGCCACGUUUAGAUCCAAAUGCAUCGUUGACCGAUCAUCUUCUAUUAAAACAGCAUGAAUUAGUAUCAGAAAAUAAAUUAUUGAAAUCUGAUGAAAAACCAGUAGUUAUUGAUGAGGAUGAACGUAAGAAGAGCCCAACCGAUGAAAGUGAUGAUACAAUGUAUGAUGUUAGUGAAAAACCAGAUGAAGAUGGAGAACAAGAGCAAGAAGAUGAACAGUUGGAUAUUAACGAAAACAUUGAUGACUUUUUUUUAAAUCAACAAAUCAGAACGACACCCACACCAGAAGACGAUCAGGAGCAAAAUCAAAAACAGGGGAAGAAAAUAUCGAAUGAGCAGAAAAUUGAUCACGUUACCGAUCAAUUUAUUCGAACAUUUAUUAAUGAAGCAAUCAAAGAAAGUAGCGUUAUUAAACAAAAAAAACUGUCGAAAAAUAUAUCAUCAGUAAAUGUUACAACUUCGUCAGUGAUAACACAUCUGACCAAAGAAGCAAGUGAAUGGGUAUCGGAUGACGAGACAAGUGAUGAUGAUGAGAACAUCGAUAAAAAACAGCAGACAAAACAUGAAAAUGAUGAAGACCUUGAUGCAUUUAUACGCACGCUCUCAAGCCAAGCUAAUUUUAUCGAUGAAAUUAAUAUCAAUGGAGCAAACGGUGUCGAACAGGAUGACUUAAAACUCGACUUAAGUCGGUUAGAUGAAAAGGGUGCUGAUGAACCAAGAAUUGAGAGUCCACGAAAGCCAGCUGUUGAAGAGCAAAUUAAACCAGUUGUUCCUCAUACAUUGGAAGAUGUUAAUGACAUUUGUAAACGUGCAAUGACCAUUUUAUUCCAACAGAAUAGAGAUUUUUCGGAUCCAUCAAAAAUCAAUAAAACAAUACCAGAUGAUUAUUUUCAAAUAUCGGAACAAGUCGAUGAAAUUGAAAGACGUAGUCAACAUGCUUAUCAAUCAAUGAUUUAUGACUUAUGUAUUGAAAUAUUGACCGAAAUGUAUAUGCCAAAUGUUCGGCAAGCCCAAUAUCCAUGGCAGAAAGCACAACUCAUUCCAAAACGUUACUAUCGUCAAUUAAAUCCACCAAGGAAUAUGAACGACGCACAAAAAUUCGUUAAUGAAAAAAUUCUGGAAAUGCUCGGUUUAAUACCACGUAAAGUUCAAUAUUCAAAAUGGCGUAAUCCAAAACGUCGUGAUCAAUUUGAAACUGUUUUGUAUGAUGAAUUAAGACGACAAGAACCAAAUUGGAUUAAUUAUGAUCAAGAGUGUGUUGAAAUUAAAUUGAAAAUUGCUGAUAUGAUAUUUGAGCAAAUAUUACAAGAAACAUUAAAUGGAUGUAUUGACGUUAUUAAACGUCAUUCAUCUAUUAGUGGUGCUACUGCACAUUAA